AUGUCCGGUGGUCGGAGAAGGACCGGCACCCCCUGGCACAGCUUCUCCCGGUUCUUCGCUCCCCGAAGCCCUUCCCGGGACAAGGAAGAGGAAGAGGAGGAGAGGCUGCGGACGAGCCAGACGCCGGCUCCGAGCCGGGGCGCUGCCAGUGUUGAAAAUGAGCCCAUGAGCACAAGUCAGAAAAAGGAAAAUGUAUAUUCAUCAGAAGCCAUAAAGAUACCCCAACAUGAGGACAAAAGGAACCAUACUGAGAAGUCAGUCACUCUUACUACACAGGAAGAUUCCAGAAAGCCAAAUGAUCUUUCCAGUUCAGCUUCAGAUACCAAAAUAGGAGAAGGUGAUAGACAGCCAAAAGAAAGCUUUUUCCAGUUUCUUGGUAACCUGUUUAAUAUCUCAGGAAAAUCAUCUCUUGGUGAAAGUAAACAGUCUUCUUCCAGAGAUGACCAUGACAAAACUGAGAAAGAUUUACCAAAUCUCAGUGACCGGCAUGAGGAAGAAAUCAAAAGGGAGAAAAAGAUUUUCAGUACUCUCAAUGGAGCUCAGAUGCUUCCAACAGAACGAGAUUCCAACUCAACUGAACUCUCAGAUGCCUUUUCUUUGGAUGCAGCACAAGACAGUGAGCAGGAAACCAGUGAUUUGCUAAAACAAACUGAUGGUAAACCAGAGAGGCCUUCAGUGACAUAUGCAACAUAUCGGGGCCCAAGGCAAAUUAGGAAAUAUUUAAAGAAACAGACUGCACUAGAUACUGUGACUCACUUGGAUGAAGAAAAUGAAAGUUCUGACCCUAAUACAAGCACCCACAUUGGUCCUGGAAUUGAGAUUGGGGCUCAGAAGACUCCAUUGUUGUCAUCAUCUAACAUAGAUGCAUCUUUUAAAGGACAUUUGCUUGGAGGCUCAUUAGAAGACUCUGGUUGUAGCAGAAUAAAUCUGGACACAGAAAGCCAUCUGACAGACAACCCAGAACUGCAAACUGUUGAUUCUUCUAAGGAUGUUUUAAAUAAAAAUGACUCUGGGGGACCUGAGAGAAAUAGAUCAUUCCCUUCUCUGACUAAUUCCAGCUCCACUGUUGGAGAAAAUGACUCACAGCAGCAUUUAAGUGGUGUACCAGUUUCUCAGACUGGCAGAAACUUGGUAUGUUCAGCUUUGUUUGCAGGAAGUAACAACAGCAGAGUUCCUUGCAGUCCAGAUUUUCCAAGGAGAACUACAACAGAAAACACGAUAAAAGAAAACAGUUCUAUGAUGAGUGAUAGGACAUUGGUGCAGGGACGAGAGCAUGCUGAACCUCAGAAUGUUACUCCUUCUGAGCUCUCUUGUGGGAAAACUGAUGGGAAUGACACCACCAAACAGGAAAGUACAAAUGUGCCAAGUCCAAAUAAAUCAGUUAGACAUGAAGAUCUGCAGUUGCCAGAGAGUAAGUGUUCUGGGACACAGCCCAUAGAUAAUUCAUCAAAGCUGGCUGCCAGUCACACCAGCACCACUGCUCUCCAGAGACAUGUUGUGACAGACAUAGAAUGUGUAAAUGAAGGAAACAGGUCUACUGCCCAAGAUUCACAAAUAAAUUUAGUUGUUACAGAAAUCAGGCAAGAAACUGAAAGCUCCUUUGCUGGUGAACCUACAACUUUAAAAGCUCCAAAAAGUAGAAUUGAAUCAUUACCCCAAGACAUUGACAGAUUGUUUGCACCAGAAACCAAAAAGCUUGAUUUUAAGCCACAUAAUAUAACUCUUCAAACUAUUAGAAUAAAUCAAAAGGACUCUGCCCCUUUAAAAUGUGUCAGUGAAUCAGCAGUUGCAGCAUGCUUAGAAACUGAAGUAGUAUCUGAACUGAAUUAUGGAGUUAAUAGAAAUUACAUUUCAGAAUCCUCUCUUGAUUCUGAGAGUCCUCAACAAGCCGAAGUAUCACUGGAUGCUAAAAAAUCUCCUACAUUUGACUGUAAAAAAUUAAAUGUCAAUACUUCACCUCCUACCUUUGUUUCUGGAGCUGAUAUGCUGAACAAGUUGGAGAUUCCUGUUUCAAAGGAUGAGUGUUCCUCCAUGCUUAUUGAAAUUGGGAGUGUCAACACUGCUGAUAUUUCUUACCAAUGUCAAGAAGACAAUGUAGCAAAUCAUGUUGAAGCUGCAGAGAGGAAAACUCCUCCUGCUUCCUUCCACCUUGAACAUGCACCUGCAGUAUUUGAACCCAAGGAAGUUGUUCCCGACAGUCAAAAAUGCCAGAAUCCCCAGGGACCUGAAAUCACUGAUGCCCACUUAACUGAAGUGGACCCGUUGAGCUUUGAGUCUAGAAGUCUCUGUAAGGAUGACAGUUCAGUUUCAUCUCAAGGGCUUAAUAAAGCAAAGCUCACUCUUCCAAACACUAAAGUGAAAAAGAGCACUAUAGAUAAGUCUGAUUCUCUUUCCUUGGAAACCAAAGCUGAUAACAUUGCUAAAGUGUUAUCAAAAGCUGAAAUUGGUGAUCAAAAUGAUGUUCCUGUUGAGUCAUGUUCUGGAAGAAGAAAAACUAUAGCCCUACCCAAGGUUUCUGUUUCCCAAACAGAGCCCAGAAUCAUCAUUCCUCAGGAUAAAAUAUCUUUUACAUCUGAAAUUGCAGAUGUUCCAGCAAAGCCUGUUUUGGCAGAAUUAACUUCUUUAGACAAAGGUUUUCAAUCCAUGGAUCAUGAUACUGAAAAGAAAUGUUCUGAUUUUGAUCAUAAAGAGAAUCACACUGAGGCUUCUACUGCUGCUUCCAGUUAUCAAGGUUUAAAGAAGACAGAGGUAGAAGCUUUAGGUGAUCCUCCUGUUCUUCUUUUACUUCCUGUUCAUGAUGAAAAAGUCAUUAAGCAAAUGGAACAGAAUGAUGAAACUAACCCUUGCAUAAUUUCUGAACUUUCAGAGAUUCAUGGGACUGAAAAGACUUCUGGGCUCUCAGAAAUGGCAGAACUCAGUUUAACUAAUAUUUCUUCAAAAUUCCAAGAAACUGAUAGCACAAAAGUAAAUUCACUUUUUCUGGGUUCUGAUGUAGGUUUGGGAAAAAAUGCCCUUGGAUCUGAGGAUUCAAGCUUUCUUAAUGUUCGUUUUGUGCAGAGAUCAGAAGAGAAAGCCUCAUCUCACAAAAAGAAAGACAAUGCUCAUUUUCUCUGGGAAUGUAUUGAUAGUGCUACUGGUUCCACUAGUAACUUGGAAGAAGUUAGCAUGGUUACAAGCUUACAUAAUCUGAAAGAUAAUAUUUACUCUGAAAAAGUGUCCAUAGACCUCACAAAUGAAAGUGCCCCCUUGACUAACCUGCUAUCCCCUAAUAGCUCUCAUUUGGAAUUUGAAACACCUAUCCCAACAGUGGCAGAAGUGAAUCCACUUCAGGAACAUUUUGGGAUUCAUACUAGGAAGGUAUCUCUUGAUUUCCCAACUGCCUUCCAGUUUGACAGUCUGAAGGAAGCAGAGGCUGGAGCAGUUGCUGGGGCUCCAGUGUCAGUUAACAGCUCAUGCCAGCAGUGUUCUGAACCAUCUGCUGACCACAUAGAAGCAAGAAGAAGAGCAUAUGACCAACUUUUGGAUCCCAAAAGUGGUUUACUUAAAAAGGCUGAUAAGUUAAUUGAUGAGAUUUUUAACUCUGUCAGAGAAGAACUAAAAUAUAAACCCUCAAGUGAUCUCUUCCAGGGAUAUAGAGGCACAGACAGUAUAAUGAAUCCAGGUACUCUGAAGGAAGACAUACCUGAGAAAAACCCAUCGGAGGAAGUGAUGCCAACAGGGAUCCAACUGACAGAUCAUUUAGAAGAACAGGGCAUAGAAAACAAAGAGGAAGAAAAGGCCAGUGUUUUACCUACAGUUGGUGAGAAGAGUCUCCUUUUUGAUUCUGAUAAAAUGUGUGUGUCUUAUUUGUUAGAAGAUCAAGCUAGAGAAUUAGUUAAUGAGAUUAUUUAUUCAGCCCAAGAAAAUUUGACACGUGAUGCUUUUGAAGAUACUAAGGAUACUUGGGAUUCUGAACUUCAGGCUACUACUUCAAAAAUUCUGAACAUUGAUAGUGUUAAGUCACAUGAUAGAGUUAGGCAAUUCCUGGUGUCAGAGCAGGCAGUAAACCAAAGCACAUGUGAAAUUAACGAAAAUGAAAUGUUAAGUAGAUUAUUCUCGGUAAGUAACUUCGUUAGUGACACAGAGUCAAUAAAAGGAGGAGAAAUUGUUCUCUACCAAAAAUCCCCAUUUUCUGGAAAUGGAGUGGGAUAUACCGAUGGUUUAAAUUUGCAGGAAUCAGAUACUUCCUUUCUAGCUGAAGAUAUGCCCCAUAAAGAGUUAGAUGAGAGGAUAAAAACACAUUUACUUCUCAAAGAGGACUGUAAAGAGACAACUGAAAUAGAGUGUGUGGAUAAGCACAAAACUGAGACAGAUACAAGAACUCUUGUUUUAAAUUUCAAAUUGCCUCCAUUUGCGAAUGAUGAUAUCCAUGCACCUGGCACAUCCAAAAGCAGCUUGUCUGAUAGUCUAGUAUGUAUAUCUGAAAAAAGCUUACCAGGACACUGUAGUAAAACCACACCCCUUGCACUGUCAGAAGUAGGAAAAGUACACAAAAAGGAUACUGAAGUAGAUAUAGGAAAAAUUGAAUUUAUUCCUCCCAUGUUAGAAAUGGGGAAAGCAAACAGAAAGAAUGUUGAACUGAAUGUUACAAAAUUUGAGGCAGCCUCUCCUAUGUUAGGAAUGGGAAAAGCACCUAAAAAGGAAGUUGAAUCGGAUAGCAUAAAAAUGGAGCCAAGAGCUAACAUUUUUAACAUGGGAGAAGUAUACCAAAUGGAUACUGUGAGGUGUAUUGAGAAAAAUGAGGAAUUACCUGUCAUCUUAGGGAUGGAAAACACUUACAAGGUAAAGGAUACUGAAAGGGAUAUUGGCAAAACUGAAGUGAUGCCUGUGAUGUGUGAAAUGAAAAAUACCCACCAAAAAGAUGCUGAAGGAAUUACUGGGAAAACUGAAGUGAUACCCAUUCCAUUAGAAAUGGAAAUUAUUUAUCAAAAACAUGCUGAAGGGGAUAUUGGUAAGACCGAAGUGACACCUUUUUUGUCGGAGGUGGAAAAUAUCUACCAAAAAGAUUCUGAGAGGAUUACUGAAAAUGCUGUUACAUUAGAAAGGGAAAACAUUUGCCAAAAGAAUGGUGAUGGGGAUAUUGACAAGACUGAAUUGGCACCUGUUUCAUUAGAAGUGGACAAUACCUACCAAAAAGAGUCUGAGAGGAUUACUGAAAAUGCUGAAGUGAUACCUGUUACAUUAGAAAUGGAAAAUAUUUGUCAACAGGAUGCUGAAGAUGAUAUUGCAAAGACUGAGGUAACUCCUGUUGUGUUAGAAAUGAAAAAUACCUACCAAAAGGAUGCUGAAGGGGUUAUGAGGACAACUGAAACGUUACCUUUUAUGGUAGAUGUGAAAGGAGUGCACAAGAAGGCAGCACCUACCUCUGCCUUCUCAGAAAUGGAAAAAGCAUGCAGGAGGGAUGCUGAGACUGCUGAGAUAAUUGCGGCCACGCUCCCUGUGAUAGAAACAGAGAGAACAUCCCCAGAGGAUUCUGAUGGGAAUAGUGGGAAAUGUGAAGCUUUAUCUCCUAUGUCAAAUGUUGAGAAAACAUAUGCAACAGGUUUGGAAUUGACCGUUACAGAAGCGGAAGCCUUGCUUCCCUCCCAAUUUGAAGCCGAAAAUGUACCCCAAGUGUAUGCUGAUGUGAUUACUGGUGAAAUGGAGGAAGAGCCCACUGGAGUAAAGGAAAGCUUAAUAAUGUGUGACAAUAGAUUUACAUCGCAUUUCAAGGGUUAUGAAUCACCUACAUUAAGUAAGGAUUAUGAAGGCUAUCCAGCCUUAGCAAUACCUCAUUUUCAACCUGAGGAUACCCUAGUAAAUCUAGACAAAAGAAUGUCUGUUACUGCAGUAAGUAAGAAAAAGAAGCAUCUAGACUAUAGCAAUGAAAAGGAACACUCUAACUUAGCCUUUGUUUCUCAGGAUGAACAAGAAAACCCAUCUUUUACUAUAUUAUAUGAAGAGCCCCUUCAAGAUGAGGACAAGAAUGCUUCUGCAGAAGUAAGAAGAACACGCUCUCUCUUGUUUCCUGAUACGUGCGCUGACAGCAUACCUGUUCUGGCAUGUGAAAGGUCUGAGAGUAGAACUGACCUCGUCCAUCAUUUUGAAAAGGAUACUAAAUUAGGUGAAACAUUUGAUAGUGAUAAUUCAGAAAUGUUCUUAUCAGUGGAAGCCAAAAGGUACAAAAUUUAUCCCUUAGCUUUGUCUCCCAUUUAUGAGGAUGACAGUUCUCAGGAGGACAUUCUGUCCAGUGAGGUCUCUCCUGGUCACCAUGGCUCCACAAAAUCAAGAGAGAGUACAAACCAGUCCUCUUCUGUUUUAUCACUUCUUCAAUCAGUAUCAGAGCGUUUAAAGAUGAAAUUUGAUGAAGAUGGGCAAGAGGCAGAGGAGGAAGGAGAAGGAGAAGAGGAAGAACUACUGCAUAAAGGAAGUCUCACAUCUCAAAGGAGAGAACAUAUUACCUUCCAGUUGCCAGAUUCUCCGAUUGCAUUUUCCUCUGAAGAUGACCAGGACAGGACUGGAAUUUCUAGGAAUUCAGAUGCAAUGUCAAAUGAACCUACUACCUCCAAUUUGCAGAUCGGUCUAUGGGCAGAAAAGGCCCCAUUUCUACAAAAAUCAGACCUUACUUCUAAACUACAUUCUUCUUUAAAAAGUGCAUAUCAUCAGUAUUUACAGACUUCCAAGACCCAUUCCUCAGAAAAAGGAGCCAGAUUUGGUGGGAAUUUUCAGGAACCAGUGUCUAAGAGUUUCCAUGUUCAAGACAACUCAGCCGGAUUAAGUUUAUUCACAGAAAAUGUUGACAAGCAAACUCUGAGGUGUAUCCCACGCCCUGGGAAGAUGGUUAUCUAUGAUCUCCAUGGACGUAAAUGUAAACAAGAAAUCUAUGGUAAUAUUCCUGAUGCUACAUCAUGGUCCUUUCCAAAUGGGGUACUGAUAAAAGUUGUAAGGGGCUGCUGGAUUUUAUAUGAAAAACCACAUUACCAAGGUCAGAAAUGUGUGUUAGAAGAAGGGGAAAAGGUGUUAAAUCGUGACUGGAUUCUUCAGAACAGAAAGCAUCCACAAAGAAAUUUUGUAUUAGGCUCUAUCAAACGUGUCUUAAAGGAUUGCAGCAUUCCAGAGAUUGAGCUUUGUCCUCAGUCUGACCCAGCGUGUUGUCCUAUCUACAUACAGCGAGCAGUCCCCAAUUUGGAAGAACUGAAUAUCCCCAAAUCUGUGUCCUUCACUGUGAAGUCAGGAGUUUGGCUUGCCUACCCAGAUAUUAAUUUUAAGGGACAAGCUACAAUUUUGGAGGAAGACAGUGGGCUCUUUGAGAUUUCUGCAACUGAAAUGAAAUCAUUGCAUCCACUACAAAUGGGUGGACUGAAAGUGGAGAUGCCUAUGAACUUAAAGGUUAUUAUUUAUGAGAAAGCUCACUUUUUUGGACAGGCCAAAGAUUUUAGUGAACAUAUAGAUUCUGUUCCUAAUUUUUUAAGAAAUGAUGAGGAUUUUCAUGGAGUUGGAUCAAUUCGUGUCAUCGGUGGCGUGUGGGUUGCCUAUGAAAAAGAACAUUUUAAAGGCCAGCAAUUCCUGCUUGAAGAAGGAGACUUUGAAGACAGUAAUGCCUGUGGGGCACUAAGUGGCCCCAUCUUGUCUUUCCGAUACUUACAAGCUAAUUUCAUAGAAUCUUCUAUCACACUGUUUGAAUCUGACCUAGAAAGUGGGAAGUUUAUUGACAUUGUAAAUCAGGAAAUUUCUGAUUUAGAAGAAAUUGGCUUUGGCAGUGAAACAAGAUCCAUUCAUGUUAAAAGUGGAGUAUGGGUUGCCUACCAGCAGAAAUUCUUCUGUGGAGAACAAUACAUUUUAGAAAAAGGGAAAUAUAAAUGCUUUUUUGACUGGGGAGCAUCAAAUAAUAUAAUCAUGUCAAUACGACCUAUCCGACUGGAACCACUUGGGGUCAAUGAGCCUCCACAUUUGCUCAAAGCAUUCAGUAAACCAGGGUUCCAAGGUGAAUGUGUAGAUUUUACAAAAGAAAUUUCUGAUUUGACUUCAUUCAUGCCAUGUUCCUUUAAAGUUCUUCGGGGUUGCUGGCUCCUGUUUUACCAAGGGGAUGUUUCGGAUAAUCAGUGUGUGUUAGAAGAAGCCCUCUAUGCUGAUCUUACUUCCUGUGGCUGCCCAACAUCUGAAGUCAAAUCCCUCAAGCCCAUUGACUAUGUUUUUGAAGAACCUUCCAUCAGCCUUUUUGCUCUGGAACAUUGUGAAGGAAGAGAGUUACAUCUAGAAGAGGCUGUAAACUCUAUUCUGAAUAAGGACCUGCACUUCUACACCCAGUCCGUGUGGGUGAAAAGUGGACUGUGGAUAGCUUAUGAAGGAUCCAAUUUCUUGGGAAGACAGAUCCUACUGGAGCCUAAUGAGAUUUCAAAUUGGACAGCAUUCAGUGGAUGGAAAACAAUUGGUUCCCUUCGUCCUAUGAAACUGCCUGCAGUGUACAUUAGAAUAAAGAACCGAGCCCAGGAUGAGUAUCUGACAGUGACUGGAAAUCUCGCUGACACAAGGGCAACAUCUGUGUGCAUUUCUCCCUAUAGCGGAAAAGAUACGCAGAUCUGGCACUACUGUCGAGGACUCUUUAAAUCCAAGGCCAGUGAUACAUGUCUUGAUGUGAUUGGUGGCCGGGAUACACCUGGAGCUAAAGUAGCCCUGUGGACUGAACAUGGACAAUUCAGGCAAAAGUGGAGACUGAACAAAAAUGGAACCAUCAGCUCUUAUCUCAGUGAUCAACUUGUCCUUGAUGUUAAAGGGGGGAAUUAUUAUGACAAGACUCAUGUAAUUGUAAAUCAGCUCCUGGAGGGAGAAGAAACACAGAAAUGGGACAUUGAAAUAUUGUGA